AUUUAGAAGGUAAAAUCAUACACUCAUUCGGACACUUUUUUCCGAUUUCCAUUUUUCCUCCUCCUCCUCCUCCUCGUCCUUCUUCCCGCUGAAGCUGAACCCUUCAUCGGGAUUCGAUACCGAGGAUCAGAGCUGCAGAGGUUUGGUCUUGCAUGGAGGAAAUCAAACCAGCACCAUCAGUUCCUCCUCAAACCACAGCUCCAUCUCCACCUACUCAGCCAUUGCCUCCUCUUCCUCCCAAAUCCAAGAAGAGGCCACUCGACAGAAGCGUUUUUGUCCAAUAUUCUAAGAUGCGCGCCGUUAUUAAGGAUCUUCGUCCUCAUUUUGUCGAGGUUUUGAAGGCUCCCGACUUCCGCAACUGCAAGGCAGCUAAUGAAAUUCGAGAAAGAAUAAAGCUUCUUCAAGACAUGUAUAAAUUGAUGAUGGCAUCAACUGCAGAAACUCUUUACAUCGAGAAGACAACUAACAUACUCGAUGGUCAGUCCUUGUCAGUUGAUAAUCAAGAUAAUCGACGACCCCGAGAGCCACACCAUGACGUUAAAUUGGGGGAUAAGUCAUCCGUAAGGUCAUAUGAAAGUAAUUACCUUGAAAAGCAGCGGGUGAAUGAUGGGCAUUCUUCUGGGGCCUAUAUCGUUGGCGGAUCCGCGUUCGGCUGGAAUUUCAUCACCUUCAUGGGGAAUGAACCGGUAUACUAUGGCGUUACGAAGGAAGCAUAUCGAGAAAAAAAUCCCAUUGUAUCAUCAGAAUCAUGAUUUGGAACUCUUAUAAAAGUAUUGGUAGGGGGAAAUGUUCUUUGUUAUCAAUCACGACUUUAUGUAGAGCAUUCAAUAGAUGACAUAGCUUCUAUUUAGAAUGUAAAUGCACACUGUAGUGGUUCAAGUGUGAAGAUGUUAACUACUAUUAUCUAUAGCUUUGAUGAAAAACAUCUGGAAAAUGGAUUUUUGUUGAACAAAUGUUAGAAUACUGUCAUUUUUCUAUUC